AUGGCAACAAAACGGAUCUUUGCGUUAGCGCUGGUUAGCGCCUUGACCUUGAUAGCUUACGCCCACGGUAAGCUGAGUUACGAAAACUAUGCAGUGUACAAGGUCGAUAUUAGUACGGCGGAGCAGCUGACGGAGCUCCAAAGCCUGGAAUCCUUGCCGAAUGGGUACACCUUCCUAGACUAUCCAGCCGGUGUGAACAUGAGCGUCGAAGUUGUGGUGCCUCCAGAUCAAGUGGUUAGCGUGGAACGACUCUUCCGAAAGCUUGAGAUCCAGAAUACCCUCCUGACAAGCAACCUCCAACAAAUUAUUAACAAAGAACGUCCCGCACGCAAAAAGGCGGAAGGUUUUGGCUGGGACGACUAUCACACGCUGGAAGAAAUCUAUGCCUGGGUCGAUGAAAUGGUCAAUCAGUACAGCACCGUACUGUCGGUGGAAACGAUCGGUCAAACUUACGAAGGGCGUGACAUGAAGGUUAUCAAGCUUUCCUACAAGCCGGGCAAUCAGGGUAUCUUUAUCGAUGCGAACAUUCAUGCACGCGAAUGGAUCACCUCUGCCUCCAUCACGUGGAUACUGAACGAGCUGCUCACCUCGGAGGAUGUUCGGGUGCGGCACAUUGCGGAAAACUACGACUGGUACAUUGUGCCCGUCGCCAAUCCGGAUGGAUUUGCGUACACGCACACCACGGAACGCUUGUGGCGCAAAACAAGGACCCAACACAACCUGCUGUGUUACGGAACCGACCCUAAUCGUAACUUCAAUCAUCAAUGGAACAAUGGUGGAACAUCUACGACGCCAUGCUCGGACACUUACUCCGGUACGGCACCGGAAUCGGAGGUUGAAGUAAGCAAUUUAACGUCAUUCGUCCGAUCGAUUGCUGCAAACGUCAAACUCUCGCUGUCGAUACACUCGCGCGGCCAGUAUGUGCUCUUCCCGUUCGGUUACAACAAUGCACCGCGUGCGUACAACUACCGAGAUCUGCUGCAGAUCGGACAACGUGCCUCGGUGGACAUGUACAAGCUGUACAAUAAGCCGUACCGUGUAGGCACAACGGCUGAUGUACUGUAUGUUGCGUCGGGCAUUUCGGUUGAUUGGGCCUUUGCCGUAGCCGGUAUCCCAUUGAGCUACACGUUCGAACUGCGCGAUCAGGUUGAGUUUGGCUUCAUCCUGCCGGCCGAUCAAAUUGUGCCGAAUGCUGAGGAACUCCUGGAAGCGUUUGUCGGUAUGAUCGAUGAGGCGAAGAUUUUGGGCUAUAUGUGA